CCAGACACCUUAUUCUCUUGCACUUGCUCCUCCGCUCACUCCUCGCUGUUCACGUUCCUGCAUUAAGAUGCAGCUUCUCCAGUCUUUACUCUUUUCCUGGCCCGAAUUCCGCUUUCCACACACGUCAUUGCCGUCCUUUCUGUUUGCAAAGAAGGUGCCAUCAUGCCUCGUCAGACGAAGCGUUCUAAGGUGGAGCCAAGCGCGUCGGCUGACGAAAGCGAGGAUUGUUUAGAGGUAAUCGCUACCACGGUAACUGUCGAGACCACUUCUAGUUCGGCUCGGAGGCAAUCCACGCGGCGAAGGCGACCGCCUCCGAAGCUGGAAUUCGGACCUGCCGGAUUUGGAUCUACUGUUUUCGGAUCGGGCCGAACGAAGGUAGAGAUUGAACCAGCGAAGGACAGCAAUGGAGCGAUCGCGGUAAAGAAGGAGCCUGACGGAAAGAAGCAGGUGAAUUCGGCAAAGAAGGUAACUGUUCCGGUAAAGCGGAAGGCGGAGGCUAAAGGUGUAGCGUCGUCGUCGUCGUUUCGCUGGGCGAGUGACUUGGUCGACGCGGAUCUGAAAUCCAGUGAAUCACUGUCUGAUGAAGAUGACGCGUCUGAGUCUGACGACAGCUGGGCUGCCUCUGAUCCGGAAGACGAUAACGGAUAUGGUCUUAGCGAGGACGAGGAGCGGGAUCGCGGAUUCGCGGGAGUAAGAGAAGUCGAUUCGUCGGAUGUGUAUGCCGUGAGUGAGGAUUCCGAUGAGGAUGAGGAUCUCUCACCCGGAGAGAAGCCCGAUCAGAAGCUGCGGGUCAAGGAGGAAGCGAUGACGCGAGCAGGGAAGAACAAGAGGAAGAAGAACGAGGCAGACGAGGACGACGAGCAAGAGGAGCAAGAGGAUGCGUGCCUGUUCUUUGAAGAGGAGGAGGAGGAGCCGUCAGACGAGGACGUACCAGUGAACGCUCUGGCGAGUCGGGUAUGGAGCAACAUCAGGAGAAGCAGCAAGGGUGGCGGGAGGGCCCAGAAGAAGCAGCAGGGGAAGCGGAAAAAGGCGGCUAAGGCAGCAGCGUGGGUGCGGGCGGUGCAUCUGGAGGGGGAAGAGGUGGAGGAGGAGCGGAUGGCGGAGUGGGAGAAGGAGCUGGACGCGUGCAAUAGAGGGGAGAUCACGCCUCAGCACCUCGCGGCGAAGCGGGAGAGGCCGCGGGAGCAGGAGCCUGCUCCGGAUAUUCUCAUGCCGCUGUUGCCAUUCCAGAAGGAGUGGCUCGCGUGGAGCCUCAAGCAGGAGCAAGGGCCCAUCAAGGGCGGCAUUCUAGCAGACGAAAUGGGCAUGGGCAAAACCAUCCAAGCCAUCUCCCUCAUUGUCACCAGCCGUCACCUACAAUCACAAGCAUCUGCAGUCACCCCAGUCCCCUCCCAGCAGCAACAGCCAUCAUCAUCAUCUGCUGCUGCUGUGCCAGCCACCACUGCUGUAGCACCUACUGCUACUGCUGUUGCUACUGCUGCUGCUGCUGCUGCUGCUGCUGCUACUGCUACUGCUUCUGGUGUUACUGCUACUUCUGCUGCUGCUGCACAUGCUACAGCUGCUAAUCCAGGUUCGACCAAGGGAGGUGCAUCUGAGCCUGAGAGGCCGGCGGUGAAGGCAACGCUGGUGAUCUGUCCGCUGGUGGCGGUGCUGCAGUGGCGGCAGGAGAUUGCUCGUUUUACACGGCCGGACAGCGUCAAGGUGCUGGUGUACCACGGUCCCAAGAGGGCUAUCAGCGUGGAAGACCUAGCAGAUUAUGAUGUCGUCCUCACUACAUUCUCCAUUGUUGAGGCCGAAAUGCGGGCAACUGUUUUUCCCUCCAAGGUCGAGUGCCAGUGGUGCCUGCGGAAGUUUUUCCCUGACCGGCUGGAGAUCCACCAGAAGUAUUUUUGCGGCCCGAAUGCAAAGCGGACUGAGAAGCAGGCGAAGCAGCAGAAGAAGGUUCCGAGAGGCUUCAAGGGGAUGGCGCAUGGGGGGAAGGGAGGGAAAGGGGGGAAGGGGGGAAGAGGAGGGAACGCGAAGGUGAAGUGGGAGGAGGAGGAGGAUGAUGGGAGUGAUAGUGAGUAUGAGGAGGAGGAGGAGGAUGAUGGGGAGGAGGAUGAGGCGCUUUGGAAGGGGAAAGGACUGGGCAAGGGGAAAGGAAAGGGCAAGGGGAACGCAACUGGGAAGGGCAAGGGAACGAGAAAGGGAAAGGGGAAAGUGCUUGAUGAUGAUGAAAGUGCUUCUGAAGAUGGCGUGACCAAGGCUGGGCAGACGAGUGCGAAUCCGCGAGGGAGGACAGGCCCGGAUAAAAAUGCCGAGAAGAACGCAGAGAAGAAGCCGCCGUCGGUGCUGCAUGCGGUGAGGUGGAGGAGAAUUGUUCUGGACGAGGCCCAUAGCAUAAAGGACCGGCGCUGCAACACGGCGCGAGCCGUCUUCGGGCUGCAGUCGGACUUCAAGUGGGCGCUCAGCGGCACGCCCCUGCAAAACCGCGUGGGGGAGCUCUACUCGCUGAUCCGCUUCCUGCAGAUCGAUCCGUACUCGUUCUACUUCUGCCGCCACUGCGACUGCCAGUCCCUGGACCACAAGUUUUCUGCACACAACCGCAAGUGCGACCAGUGCGGCCACUCGCCAUUGGUCCAUUUCUGCUGGUGGAACAAGUUUGUAGCAAACCCCAUCAAGAAGCAUGGGUACGGGGGCGAUGGGCGGCGGGCCAUGCUGCUGCUGAAGCACCGCGUGCUGGAUCGGAUUCUGCUGCGCCGCACCAAGACAGAACGGGCGGCUGACCUCACUCUGCCGCCCAGAACUGCAACGUUACGGAGGGACCGUUUUGACGCUCGCGAGGAGGAUUUCUACGAGGCGCUCUACACUCAGAGCCAGUCACAGUUCGCCACCUACGUGGACACGGGUACUCUCCUCAACAACUACGCGCACAUAUUCGACCUGCUCAUUCGCCUGCGCCAAGCCGUGGACCACCCCUACCUCGUCGUGCACUCUGCGUCGUACAACACCGCUGCCGCUGCCGCUGCUGCCUCCUCUGCUGUCGCCUCCACUGCAGCUGCCUCCGCUGCUGCCUCUGCUGCUGCAGCUGCUGCUGCUGGGAGGGGAGGGAAAGAGGCAAGAGAUGGGGGAGCGGAAGGGAGCGAGGGGAGGGACGAGGACGAGGAGCAGAACGUGUGUGGCAUCUGCUGCGAUUAUGCUGAGGACCCUGUGUCCUCCCGUUGCCGCCAUACUUUUUGCCGGGGAUGCAUCACGGACCUCAUAGCAGCAGGCAGCAGCGCCACCAUGGGCCCUCUCGAAUGCCCUGUGUGCUCCGUCCCCCUCACUGUCGACCUCAGCGCCCCCGCUCCCCCCUCCCCUCCUGGGGACACUGGCAACGGGGGGAAGGGGGGAAGGGCAAGAGGGAAGGGGAAAGGGGGAGGGGGGGAUGGUGAUGGGGUGGCCGGGGGAGGGGGGAUGUGGGGGGCUGGGGAGGGAGAGAAGGAAGGGGGGAAGGGGGGAGGGAGGGAGGGGGGGAGGGAUGGAGGGCGGCUGGCGGGAGGGGUGGUUCGAGCGCGAGGGAGCAUUUUGAGCCGGUUCGACUUGUCACGGUUCCAAAGCAGCACCAAGAUUGAAGCAUUGCGCGAGGAGGUGGACACGAUGACGCAGAGGGAUCCGGGCGCCAAGGCGCUCGUGUUCAGCCAGUUCACGUCCAUGCUCGACCUCAUUGCAUACCGCCUGCACCAGGUGGGCAUCCGCUGUGUGAAGCUGGACGGCAGCAUGACCAUGGACGCGCGGGAUCGAAUCAUCUCCACCUUCACUCGUGACGCUGACUGCCGGGUGUUCCUGAUGAGUCUCAAGGCCGGAGGGGUGGCGCUCAACCUCACUGUGGCUUCGCAUGUCUUUCUCAUGGACCCCUGGUGGAACCCAGCAGUGGAGCAGCAAGCGCAGGACAGAAUUCACAGGCUCGGGCAGUUCAAACCUGUCAGGGUGACUCGUUUUGUGAUAGCGGGAACAAUAGAGGAGCGCAUCAUAAAGCUGCAGGAGAAGAAGCAGCUGGUCUUUGACGGCACGGUGGGAGGGUCGGCAGAGGCAUUGGGUCGACUCACAGAGGACGACCUGCGCUUCCUCUUUGCCAGCUGAUGCUGCUUCGUCAAAUGGGCAAUCCGUGCCCGUGCGGCCUUUCUUCGCAGCCUUUCAUUGCUCGUGGUAUCAGCGUUGGUUCGAGUGAAAGACAUUAUGACACCGGUUCCACUCUUGGCAUUUGCCAGCCCCCAGCCCCCAGCCCCCAGCCCCCAGCCCUCCCUGCUCUCCUGCACCCUUGCCUGGAUCGCUGCCAUUCCAAUAACGCCUCCAGUCUAGGUGAAUUCCUCGAUGUACAUAAUGGUAGUCUUGUUUCGUUGCAGUCGUCGUCCGACCGACCCUGUUGAUUUCAAUAACGAGACAAUGCCUUGGACAAGCUUGAGAGAAUGAGAGGCGGACGGGAAGGGAGCCCCACCAUCACCAUCACUCC